AUGACUGGAGCUGAACAUGUUGAUAUAUCAAGUGCUACUUCACAAGUAUCACCUCAAACUGCUCCCAUUUCAAAAUCUCAAAGUAUCUCACUAUCUCAGAGUGACAGCUCGCCCCGAGAGGAUGAUUCUCAACCUGUUAUAAGUAUUGAAACCACCGAGCAAGUGCCAGAGGGAGCCUCAACAGAAAAAUCGGCCAAGGAACAUGCAGACCAUGAAGCUGGGGCUCCCUCCACAGAGCACUCAUAUCAACUCGACUAG